GGGAGGGAGGGUGAAAGAGGGAGGGAAAAGAAAAAGUUUGUAGCUGGUGGUCUGGAAAAAAGCGGCGAGUGUCCAGAGCACAAGGCAGACUGCAAGCAACCGAGGAUUUAGCCCGCUUCUCAUCUUGCUUUCCCCAGUGUCAGUACUCUUUUUUGGGGACGUUGAAGACGCACAACCCGUGGUCUACCUCCUCGCCGAGGAAUAGAGUUAGUCGUGCGGAAUGUCAAGAGGAAAGGACUCGAUCAGUGGAGAGUAACAUGUAGCAGCUCCCCACCGGACUCAUGGGAUCAGAGGCGGUGGAGGACUGUGUCCAGGGGGCGCUCUCCUCUCUCUACCCCCCCUUCGAGAGCACCGCCCCUCCUCUUCUCUCGCAGGUGUUCUCGGUGCUGGAGUCCACCUACCAGCAUGACAGCCUCCGCUACCUGCUGGACUACUUCGUCCCCGCCAAACACCUGCUGUACAAACUGCAGCAGCACGCCUGCUCCCAGUACCUGGGCUGCCUGUUCCUGCACUCGGGCUGGCCGCUGUGUCUGGGGGAGAAGGUGGUGGUGCAGCUGUCCACCCUGGACUGGAGGCUCCUGCGCAGCACCGACUUCUACCUGCAGGUGGUGCCCUUCUCCACCAGGUGUCCCCGGCUGGCCCUCAAGUGCCUGGCCCCCGGUGGCCGCACGGUGCAGGAGAUCCUGGUGCCCGAGUCGCAGCACCCCCUAGUGUUCACCACCGAGUGGCUGCACAGCGUCAACAGGGAGCGCGGGCACAAGCGUGAGGUGGGCGGUGGGCUGGACACCUGUCUGGUCAGCACCUGCGACGGCGUGGUCCGGCUGCCCUGGAAGGAGGUGGUCUACCCCAAGUUCAUCCACGACCCCACCGAGGACCCGGGCCUCAUGUCCCACGGCGGGGGCUCCGCGCCGGGCCGCCUCCCCAGCGAGGGGGGCAGCAGCGGCGGGGGGCUGGGCGGCUGGGGGGGCUCCUCCUCCGGAGACCCCGACUCCUGGUCCUGGGACGAGGAGGAGGAGGAGCAGGACGACAACAACAACAACAACAACACCGGCGGCGGCGGCGGCGGGGGAGGAGGAACAACGGCGGGUCGCGACCCCGAGCCGGCGCUCCCCCGACGCAGGCGCAGCGAGGACGGCCUGGGCCGGACCUCCAGGUACCUCCAGACGGACGGGGACUACGUGGAGCUGCUGGAGCCCCGGGGGGGGCCCGACGGGGGGGCCGACGCCCGGCAGGCGCAGCCCUCCUCCUCCUCCUCCUCCUCUUCCUCGCGGUACCUGGAGAUGCACGCCAUCAGCAAGACCAAGACGCUGCCGCUGUGCCGGCGGAGCUACGCCAUCAAGCUGAAGAGGGGGAAGGCCUGGGGCUACGGGAAGGCCGAGGGAUCCGGGAGCUUCCGGAACGUUAUAGGCGGGAAAAGGGACGUGACGUCGACGCACAGGGGGGACACGUUACCGGCUCAACCCUCGCCCCCCAGAGCCGACGAGCAGGGCAGCGCGGGGCGCUCGUACUCCUCGUCUCUCCACGACUCGGACGACGGCGAGAAGGCCCGGGAGAGCCAGGGAGUUUAUUUCGAGGGUCCGUCCAAGGAGAGGAGGCCCGGCGUGGGCAAGGAGAGGGAAGGAGUCGGCCUCUCGCAGCCGUGCAGGGACGGGGGUAAGGAACACGAGGGCGUCAGUGACACUUUGACCAGCAAAGGCUCCCAAGGCUUGACCAAUCACAAGCUGUUGCACACGAUUGAGGGCCAAUCAGAUCCCGGGUCCCAGUCGGACUCUGUGUUCGAGGAUGCCGAUAAACCACUGAGCGGGGACAGCGAUUCCACCACGCCCACUUCAGAAGCUCCGGAAUGCGUACUCAAAGCCGGCACGCCAUUGGCCGACCUUCCGGGAAGCGGGGCGAAUGCCACCGUCCCAUUGGUCGACGGAGUUAGCACGAAGAAAUGUCAGUUGAUGGGACAAUCUGGAACGUGUGCGGGUCCUGCCGACCCAAACGCGAGCCAGGAACCGGAGAAGAAUGUAGUGAAGACCGCUGGCAGGGACUUAUCUCAAGGUAGAGACGUCAGAGCAGCAGUAGUGCGGGCUCCCAGGAGAAAGAGGAAGGGAAAGGGGGCCCAAAGAAGGGCUCGCUCCGGUGGCCGUGGCAACCAAAAAGCUUCUAAAGCUCUGCCUAAAGCUCCGCCCCCACUUCCCGCCCGCCCUUCCUCCGCCAAACCGCCAAUCACCAAGGACAGCCAAUUAGAGAUAGCAGAGGAGUCUAGUGGACGGGACAAAGAGCAAACUUCGUCCAAUCAGGGAGCUGAAGAAAACCAACCAAGGAAAGGCAGCACAGAGACUCAGACCGAAUCUGACUCCAUCAGCCAAUCCGGUACGAGUUUGUCCAACCACGAUGCUUCAGAGUCAGGACCUGAAACCCCUCGUCCCGUCCUAUCAGAGAACCCGUCUGCUGAAGCCCCGCCCCUCCUGAGGGAACUGGACUCUGAUUUGUUACAGUCUGGGAAAUUCAAGCUAUCCGGUAUGUGUUUGGAAGACAGUUAUUUUAUACUUUACAGCGAAAGUUGA